GUUUCCAAGUGAGAGAUCAUUUUGGGCUCGGAACACCAAAGAGCUUUUUUUAAUACAUAGUUUGCCAAAACUAACUUUGUUGGUUUUAUUUUUUGAUAUUUAAUUAUCAACCUGCCAUUUUCAGUAGCUUAUAUAAAUUAUAUCUCUAUAAAUCGUUUUUAUAAGCAACUUAUUAUAAGAUUCAAUCAUACCAAAGAAAAGAAAAGAAAAAAAAAAAGACAAUUUUACUUCUACUAAUGGAUUCAAAUCUCCUUUUUGUUCUCCUCCUCCUCUUAACCUCUCUUUCAAUCUCGAAUUCGAUUCAAGAACAAGGGUUUUGUGGUAUUGGCUGCGGUUUGGAGUUCGAUGAGAGCUCUGGGAAGAUAUUGGUCAAAGGAGGGACGGUGGUCAACGCUCAUCACAAAGAAGUUGCUGACGUUUAUAUAGAGGAUGGGAUCGUUGUUGCAGUGAGGCCUAAUAUUUUGAUUGGUGAUGAUGUGACAGUAAUUGACGCCACUGGGAAGUAUGUGAUGCCAGGUGGUAUUGAUCCGCACACGCACCUAGCAAUGGACUUUAUGGGGACUCAGACGAUUGAUGAUUUUGUCAGUGGUCAAGCUGCAGCUUUAGCUGGGGGAACAACAAUGCAUAUUGAUUUUGUAAUUCCAGUUGAUGGAAGUUUAACCGCAGGAUUUGAUCAGUAUAUUGAUAAAGCUAAAAAUUCAGUAAUGGAUUAUGGCUUUCAUAUGGCUGUGACAAAAUGGGAUGAAACAGUCUCGAAAGACAUGGAAGUCAUGGUUAAAGAAAAAGGGAUCAACUCUUUCAAGUUCUUCAUGGCAUACAAAGGAUCACUAAUGAUCAAUGAUGACCUUCUACUGCAAGCUUUUGAGAAGUGCAAGUCACUUGGUGCACUGGCUAUGGUUCAUGCAGAAAAUGGUGACGGUGUAGCUGAAGGACAGAAGAAAAUGAUAGACCUUGGUAUAACUGGUCCAGAGGGUCAUGCCCUUUCCAGGCCUCCAGUGUUGGAAGGAGAAGCUACCGCUAGAGCUAUCCGUUUGGCCAGUUUUGUGAAUACACCUUUAUAUGUGGUUCACGUGAUGAGCACUGAUGCUAUGGAGGAGAUAGCAAAAGCCAAAAAAGCAGGUCAAAGGGUUGUUGGGGAACCUGUUGUUUCUGGGCUAGUCCUUGAUGAUUCUUGGCUUUGGGACCCUGAUUUCAGUAUUGCUGCAAGAUAUGUAAUGAGUCCUCCCAUAAGAAAAGUAGGUCACGGUAAAGCGCUUCAAGCUGCACUUUCGACUGGAAUUUUACAGCUUGUUGGAACUGAUCAUUGCACAUUCAACUCGACACAAAAAGCUCUUGGUUUUGAUGACUUCAGAAAGAUUCCAAAUGGUGUAAAUGGUAUAGAGGAAAGGAUGCACUUAAUUUGGGAUGCUAUGGUGGAAUCUGGCCAAAUAUCUGUUACUGACUACGUGCGAGUAACAAGUACCGAGUGUGCCAGAAUAUUCAACAUAUACCCAAGGAAAGGAGCUAUCUUGCCAGGAUCUGAUGCUGAUAUAAUUGUACUGAAUCCAAAUGCAAACUACAAGAUAACCGCUAGUUCUCAUCAUUCAAGAUCUGAUACAAAUGUGUAUGAGGGAAAGAUAGGAAAGGGGAAAGUGGAAGUGACAAUAUCAAGAGGAAGAAUUGUAUGGAGACAUGGCAACUUGAAUGUUGUUCCGGGUUCUGGGAAAUACAUGAGGAUGUCCCCGUUUAGUUAUCUAUUUGAUGGAAUAGAGAAGGCAGAUGCUGAAUAUUUGGCUUCCCUACAUGCUCCUGUUCAGAGAACCUCAGUUGCAUCUUAAGGUUUGAAGACUUCGAUUUAUUUGCAAAGUGGGCUUUAAGAAUAAUAGAUUAAAUAAUUUGUAUAUAAUUGGGAAAUACUUGAAGUUGUUUCCAAGAGAUUGAGCUUGCAUAUCUACGGGGCUGUUUAGGCAUCCAAAGCUGUGUAUGGGGCUAUCCUUUUAAUUUGAAAUGACGAGUUAUAUCCCGAUAUUUUCAUACGUACUCUGUUAUGGCCAUGUAUACUGGCAUUUUACUUGUACACUUAUGUUAAACUUUCUCAUAAAUGUUCUCUGUUGUCCAUGUGUAUCUGUAGACUCAUUCCUCAUUGUAAAACAUGCUACGCAAAACUCAUAAAUGAGGGGAAUUUUUGCUUAA